GAGGAAGAUGUGGGAGGAGCAGGGUGGCGGAAGCGGGGAGGACGGCGGGGGCGGGAGUAUCUCGGGAGAGCCAGGCCAGGCUUCCUUGGGUGGAAAAGACGAAGCGACAGUACCCGGGGAUCCCCCAGGCCGCCCCCUACCGGGCCGGCUCGCGCUGGCGCGGGGCAGAGCCCAAGGAGCGAGUUGCUAUGGACACCCGGCCAGGGUGGCCGUCCGCUUCCGGUCCCGGCGCGCCGGCAGCUCUCGGGCCCCCAUCCCCCGAAGUGACCCCCAUCCCCCGAAGUGACCCCCACGUGGGAGGCCUCCUGACCUUUGACACCGCCUUUUUACCGUUAGGGUGAAGGCACCACGCGCUCCCGCCCAGGCCCAGACAUGCCGGUCCUUGUGAGGCAGAAACUUGAGAGGGAGCCGUCCUCUCCCUGAAGCCUCGCGGUGGAACAGCUGUCUGACCCGUUCAAAGGGAAGGAUGAAGUCUCUGCGCAGGCACGCGAUGUGAAUGGAAGAGGCGUGUCACUAUGCAAACAGUACGGCACUCUGAGCGCACACUAAAGACAGCUCUCAUCUCAAAGAACCCAGCGCUUGUGUCACAGUAUGAGAAGUUAGAUGCUGGGGAAAAGCGUCUGAUGGACGAAGCCUUCCGGCCAGACAGUGAUCUCUUUGGACCCAUUACUUUGCAUUCGCAGUCAGACUGGAUGACCUCCCAUCCUGAGGCUCCCCAAGGCUUUGAAGAGUUUUUCAGUGAUCCUUACAGAAAGACACCUUCUCCACAGAAGCACAGUGUUUAUAUACAGUGCAUUGGAUUGCUAGGAAACACCAGAAGUAUCAGUGAAGAAUAUGUGAAAUGGCUCAAGGGCUACUGUGAAGCAUUUUUCUAUGGCUUGACAGUAAAACUCCUAGAACCAGUUCCUGUCUCUGCAACGAGGUGCUCCUUUAGAAUCAAUGAUAACACGCAGAACCUACAGAUUCAUGCAGGGCAGAUCCUGAAGUUCUUAAAAAAGAAGAAACCUGAAGAUGCUUUUUGUGUUGUGGGAAUAACGAUGAUCGAUCUUUACCCAAGAGACUCCUGGAAUUUUGUCUUUGGACAGGCCUCUUUGACAGAUGGUGUGGGGAUAUUCAGCUUUGCCAGGUACGGCAAUGAUUUUUAUAGCUCCCACUACGAAGGCAAACUGAAGAAGCUGCAGAAGAAGUCUUCAAGUGACUACUCGGUUUUUGAUAAUUAUUACGUUCCUGAAGUGACUAGUGUUUUGCUGCUUCGGUCCUGUAAGACUUUAACCCAUGAGAUUGGACAUAUCUUUGGACUUCGGCACUGCCAGUGGCUCGCAUGCCUGAUGCAAGGCUCCAACCACUUGGAAGAAGCUGACCAGCGUCCCCUCGACCUUUGCCCCAUCUGUUUACGCAAGUUGCAGAGUGCUGUCGGCUUCCACCUUAAAGACAGAUACAAAGGGACACGGGUUCCAGCCCCGGCCCGGGAAGAUCCCACAUGCCACGGAGCAACUAAGCCUGUGCGCCACAACUACUGAGCCUGCGCUCUAGAGCCCGCGAGCCACAACUACUGAAGCCCGCGCACCUAGAGCCCAUGCUCCACAACAAGGGAAGCCACCGUGAUGAGAAGCCCAUGCACCACAAUGAAGAGUAGCCCCCGCUCGCAGCAACUAGAGAAAGCCUGCGCACAGCAAUGAAGACCCAACACAGCCAAAAAUAAAUAAAUAAUAAUAAAUUUACAUUAAAACCCCCCCAAAACUAUGAAUAUGUGGAAGCGAUUUAUCUUUCCACACAUGGGACAAGGGUAUGAUAUUCAUUAGGAGGAAGGCAUGAUUUUAAGAAGGAGGGAAAGUAUCUAAUCUCGAUGUGCAAGUGAAUGUCUGUGUGUCCACAAACAUAGCGACUGCAAUCCCUGUCUACACGUGUGUCUUCACAUAUGUAUAUCUGGCAUGCCUAUGUGUACACUUAACAGGUGUAUACGUAUCCCCGUGAAAUUGCAACCACGAUAUAAUAAUGCCUGUGGAACACCUAGCAAGUUGAGGAAAGAAAGUAAUUAUCCUCCCACCUUCAAAAAACUGUGAGGACUCAGUGUAAUUCUUCUCUUCUGUGCAUCCUCAUGACUGUCCUGUGUGCUCACAGCUGGCGUGUUUCUGGUGCAUGCCCUUUGACAAGCAUGGUCUCACCUUCGUGACCAUCUUUAUCAAAUGGAACAGCUCCGUGGGGUAGCAUAAGUCACCGAUGUUGAUAACUUGAUUUGGAAGCUAAUGUUUUUCUCUUGCCUAAGUCUGUUUUGCUGGGAUUUGUUAAAAGGUGAAUCUGUUUUUCAAGGCGCUGGUGAGGUGGGUUGAUGCUGAGUCCACUGACACACCUACAGUUACUCCAAAACAUAGUCGUGAGGAUCCUCUGAGUUUGCCAAAACCUGUGGAAGCCUUUAAAGAAUGGAAAGAGUGGAUAACAAAAUGCCUUGCUGUUCUCCAGAAAUAAGAACCUUCAAAUAGGAGUAAUUAAAAUAAACACUUGCACAUCA